GGCACGAAACACGGACGCCCAUCUUAGUCGACUCCGGUUAUUUUAUAUCGGGCUUUUAUUUUGACAGGGUAGACGCCCGGUGUGUGCCUCACUGAGGAAGACUUGACACAUCUGCUCGCCACGCUCUUAGAAAUAAAAGUGCGCUACAGUAUUAAACAUAUUUUUUCCUCAAGGGUGGGGUUAUUCCACGCGUGCACGGUGCUCCUAUCCACCCCCCCGGCUGUAGUCACGCCGCCCCCACCUGCAAGUGGACCUUCUCAAGGCGGUGGCCGUGCAGGAGACGCUUUUUUUCUGUGUGCAGCAGCAGCAGCAUGUCGACCACCGGCGGCUUUUUGAACAACAUGGGCUCCGACAGCCCCUCCAGGCCCCGCCAGCAGUUCUGCGGGAUGUUCUGCCCGGUGGAGGGCUCCCUGCUGGACGGCAAGACUCUGGACCUGGACGCGCUCUCGGCGUGCAGAGGCAAGCGGGACAGUCGAGUCAUCGACCGGCAGAGCGACGUCUCCCAGCCCAAGAAGGUGGAGAUCCGGGAGAGCACCGGCAAGGAGGCCCUGCAGAACUUGGGCGACUAUAAGAGUGACCGUCUCCUGGUCAAAGGAGCAAAGAUCGUCAACGAUGACCAGUCUUUCUGCGCCGACAUUUACAUGGAGGAUGGAGUCAUCAAACAAAUUGGGGAAAAUCUCAUUGUGCCUGGCGGCGUCAAAAUCAUCGACGCCCACGGGCGCAUGUUGAUGCCAGGCGGGAUCGACGUGCACACCCGCUUCCAGAUGCCAGAUCGAGGCAUGACAUCUGCUGAUGACUUCUACCAGGGAACCAAAGCAGCGCUGGCAGGAGGCACCACCAUGAUCAUCGACCACGUGGUACCCGAGCCAGGCGCCAGUCUCAUCACGGCCUUUGAACAGUGGCGGGACGGGCUGGACGGCAAGUCAUGCUGCGACUAUUCCUUGCACGUGGACAUCACCGAGUGGCACAAAGGCAUGCAGGAAGAGAUGGAGGCACUCGUCAAGGAUCACGGCGUCAACUCUUUCCUGGUGUAUCUGGCUUAUAAGGAUCUUUUCCAGCUAACUGACACUCAGGUGUACGAAGUGUUUAGUGUGAUCCGUGAUCUCGGCGCAAUCGCUCAGGUGCAUGCUGAGAAUGGAGAUAUUGUCGCUGAGGAGCAGCGUAGGAUGCUGGAACAAGGCAUCACUGGUCCCGAGGGACACGUGUUGAGCCGUCCUGAGGAGGUGGAGGCUGAGGCUGUAAACCGCUCUGUGACCGUGGCCAAUCAAACCAACUGCCCCCUGUACAUCACUAAGGUGAUGAGCAAGAGUGCUGCUGAUGUCAUCGCUCAAGCCAGGAAGAAGGGCACUGUGGUCUACGGAGAACCAAUCACUGCGAGCCUGGGAACAGACGGCUCCCACUACUGGAGCAAAAACUGGGCCAAGGCAGCAGCUUACAUCACCUCCCCUCCGCUGAGCCCUGACCCAACCACACCAGACUAUCUCAACUCUCUGCUCUCCUGUGGCGAUCUGCAGGUGACAGGAAGUGCACAUUGUCCCUUUGACACCGCUCAACGUGCUGUGGGCAAAGACGACUUCAGCUUGAUUCCCGAAGGCGUCAACGGGGCAGAGGAGAGAAUGUCCAUUAUCUGGGACAAAUGUGUGGUGACUGGCAAGAUGGACGAAAACCAGUUUGUGGCGGUGACCAGCACUAACGCGGCCAAGAUCUUCAACCUGUAUCCCCGCAAGGGUCGUAUUGCUGUAGGCUCUGAUGCCGAUCUGGUGCUGUGGGACCCUGACGUCAUAAAGAUCAUCUCUGCUAAGACCCACAACUCGACUGUGGAGUACAACAUCUUUGAAGGAACAGAAGUGCGUGGCGGGCCUCUGGUGGUGAUCAGCCAAGGCAAGAUCGUCUUGGAGGAAGGAAACCUCCACACCACGGAAGGCUCGGGACGCUUUGUGGCCCGCAAGCCUUUCCCUGACUACGUCUACAAGAGGAUAAAGGCCCGCAGCAGGCUGGCUGAGCUGAGGGGCGUACCUAGAGGAUUGUAUGACGGUCCAGUUUGUGAGGUAUCAGUCACCCCUAAAGCCAUGACGCCCGCCUCCUCUGCCAAGACGUCACCUGCAAAGCAGCCGAACCAGCAGCUCCGUAACCUGCAUCAGUCUGGCUUCAGCCUUUCCGGCGCUCAGGUGGACGACAACAUCCCACGCAGGAACACCCAGCGCAUUGUGGCGCCCCCCGGUGGCAAGACUAACAUCAAUCUGGGUUAGAGCGUCACCCUCUGGCCGCUGCGAGGAGGAGGAGGAGAAGGUGACGCGGUUGUGAGUAAAGGACGCCCGACAAGUUCUGAGGGUUCUACGCCGCCGACACCUCCCGACAACUGAUUGGGUCUUUCUUCAGCCGUGAUCUUUGACUCCUUCCCCUCUUGUUUUUUUUUUUCCACAUUCCCACUCUCCUUUCCCCUUCAAACAAAAAAAGCUCUGCCUCACACGAUGAAAAAAAACACUCUUUAUUUGUGCACUUUUUAUUUUAUUUUAUUUAGUUUUGAUGCUUUUCUUCCACCCUGGACUGAUUGAGUGAAAUGUAUUCUUUUCCAUCCUAUGGCUAAUUCACCAAGAGGGGCAGCCUUCAGGUUUCUCCUCUCAUUUCAAGAGUAAAAGCAUAUUUGUCUGACGGAGCUUGACGAGUCAUUCCGAGCAGGAAGGAAGGUUAAAGAAGGGAAAUAAAAACGCCUUAUUGUCGCUCCAGAUCAACAAUUCCACCUGUGUCACCAAACAGUGCAUUUUACACAGAAUGUUUCGUUCCAUUAUUCUAUUAUUCCUGCUCUUGAUGUGCCUAAAGCCGAAGGCGUCUGCGUAGUCUUCUUAAAGCGAAGGAUGUAAGAUAGCCAGGAUAAACCGAUUCAAAGGUGCCAGAUUUUGUGCUUUCGUUUUGGGCCUGCUGUGCCCCUGUAAAGAUGGAAGAAGAAGGAAAAAAAAAAAAAAGCUCACUUUUUUUGUUGUCAAAUUAGUGUCAACUUGUAACUUACUUGCAGAACGGCUGAGCAGAUGUUGUUUUUUGCGCUUUUAAACGAGGCGGCGAGCUGACGUCGCGUAGCGUGCGUGUGACGUUGGAGGGAUGGAGCGCGCGCGCGGCACUUCCUGCAUGCUCGAACGCUUCCUUCCUCGUCGUGCCGAUCCGGUUGCUAUGACGCCAAGGACUGCGCCCUGCGAAAGAGUGCGUCGUACGAAGCUGUUCCCACACACACUCCAAAAGUUCCCAAGAAAACCAAAGUAACGUUCCCCAAUUAAUCCCAAAAUGUUACCACAAAACACAUUCCAAAUAAUACUGAUAAUACAGACAACUAUUACACUUGUAUCUUUAUUAAUGACUGUUAAUAGUGCUUCUCACCUUCAUGACCAAAGUGCUGUCACUCGCAACUUUCUUUGGCCCCAUGUUGGCUUAUUUAACCGUGACCGUACUCACUUUAGCUGAAGCGUCGAAAAAUGGCCCGCAUGUUUGUGUGCGUUUCCAUGGUGACAGCCAAAGUACUAGUAACCAGAGUGUCAGACGCCACAUACACCCCCCCCCCCCACCACCCCUUCUUUCCUUUCAUUGUUUCAAGCUGUUGCUAUGGCGACGGAGCUCUCUACAUAUAAGCUGCUGCUUGUGUUUGUCAUAGCCACACGUACACACUAAACAACAGUGGUUUUGGAGUGUGUGUGUGUGUGUGUGUGUGUGUGUCCCAUCCCUCCUCCAACUCACAAUCACACCCCCACAACUGUCAGCCUGAGUGCUUCUACUAUGCCACGUUAUGCUAAUCAUAUACGAAUGAUCGGCGUGUUCGACCGCCUUGCUUCCUAAACCCACCAGUACCGCCCCCGACCCCACACCCCUCCAUCAGCCUUUGCCCCCACCCCCAAUUGUGAAAGUAAAACAGUGUGAUGGUAUUUGUGGGGAUGCUUGCUCAAUUGUGGGAACAAAAUAGUGUCAAAUUCAACGAAUGGUAAAAUGAAAAAAUGAAAGAAAAAAAAAAGGAAGACUAAAGUACACCAAGGACUUCGAAUAAUAAAAAAAAUCAAAACAUGUGUUUAAUGUCUGUUUUUUUUUAUAUGU